AUGGCAGAUGGGCAGAUGGGCAGAUGGGCUGACGAGCGGUUCCAGACGGCGCCCCCGAGCGGUCCAAGUGGUGGAAGUCGGUGCCCACUUGACAGCGCCGUGACUCCCGUGCGGUUGCCACCUUUCAGCCAUCUGUGGAGAGACUGGCGCUUUUACUAA